AUGCCGAUCUUCACCUUUGCGACCCAGGGCGGGACUCAGAAGCCGGAGCUGCCUGAUCUACAGUGCCUUCGCAACUUCUACCACUUCUCCAUGACACCCACUUCCCUUCCUGAAAAUGCCGACAGGUUGACGCAGUAUCGUAUGCGAUUGUCCCAGGACAUAGCUUUUCUGCAGUGCAUCGGAUUGCCCAGCUGCAAGAGUCGACCGCUAGCACAAGCGCCAAUCGAGGUCGUCUCAGGACUACAGCGCCUUUGGUGGGCGACGAACUCCGACAUGAAUUCGGUUGUGGCUAACGCGACUUUCGAGGCCUCGCGCCCCACUCAUUUUAUUCCCGCUGUGUUCAAUAUUCAGGGUUCCAACAUCACAGUCGUCAUCGAGAACAAGACUGUUGCUUCGUUCUCACAGAGCGACUUCACUUUCGGUUCCUUUGGUCUGGGCGCUCCGUUUGCGCAUGCAGCCGUGUUCAAAAAUCUCAGGGUCACUGACCUGACUUCUGGCACGGUGGUCUACGAGAAUGCCCUGACGAAUCAGACUCUUUUGGAUGACUUCCUGAUGGGCGCUAAUCCCCUGAGCACCAUUGUCGAUGGUUCUCGCCGUGACCGCAUCGCUUACAAUGGCGAUCUGGACGUCUCUAUUGGCGUCAACUUAGCCAGCACAUAUGCCACGGAAUUUGUCGAUGGCUCUCUGGAUCUACUUGGAUCGUACCAGCUCACCAUCGGUCCUUUCAUCCCCACGGCCAAGAUCCAGCAGUCUCCUCUCCCUUCCACACUUCCUAUCAACGUCACUGGGCUGAUCGGAUAUUCCUUCAAUUUGGUCUGUGCUAUGGCUCAGGCUCACUAUUAUAGCGGCAACCAGACAAUCGCGGUAAAGUGGGCGCCCGCUAUCAUGUCCAUGCUUGACUGGGCUGACUCGAAACUCCAGGACGGCCUUUUCACACUCAACGACUCAUCCCUGGUAGGUGACUGGAAUUACUAUGAUCCUCCUCAGACCGGCGCCAGCGCCAAAUUCAACAGCCUCUAUGCAUAUUCCUUGCAGCAGAGCACCCCGCUGCUCAAAGCUGCUGGCGUUAACACCACGGUGUACGAGGCCCGAUUGUCCAAUUUACGCAAGGCUAUUAACGACCGCCUGUGGAACUCGACGCUGAACGCCUACGCCUUGUCCUCUGAGAUCACUGACGGAUUCGCCCAAGAUGCACAGGCUUUCGCCAUCCUUGCCGGCGUCCCUCAAUCCAACGGCAUCACUCCAGCAGCGAUCUUAAAAACGAUGGAGCAGGAGCUCCUUGUAGAAGCUGGUCCUCUGGCUUUCUCGCCUGAGACUGUAGCUCACGGCUUUGCUCGCAAGAUCAGUCCCUACGUUUCUUGCUACCAUCUCCGUGCGGCUCUCGAGGUCGGAGAUGGAAGCACCGCAAAGAAACUGCUCAAGAAUCUCUGGGCUCCUAUGGCCAACCCCGCCAACAAGAACUACACGAACUGCAUGUGGGAAGUCGUAAAUCCCGAUGGUACACCUGGUCUUGGUCAAGGUACUUCCCUUUGCCAUGGCUGGGGUGCUGGACCUACUUCCGAGCUCAACAAGUACGUCCUUGGCGUCACACCCACUGCUCCUGGAUUCGAAACCUGGCAGGUGAAGCCCGUCACACUCGAGCUGGCGUCAGCCACAGGCCGUCAACCAACGCCGAGGGGCACGAUCCACGUAGCCUGGAGCUUCAAACACAGACUGCUUCGAAUGGAGGUCGAGGGUCCGGAAGGUGGACAGCUUUAUCUGCCCGGCUCGCUGCGAACGGACGCGGACCGUUCGACAUUCAAGGUCAACGGCAAGAGGGUCGCAGCCAAGGAAUUCCCGAUCAGCGUGUCCGGACACACGGUCAUCCAGCAACAAAAGAAGUGGUGA